GGGUGUAGGUGGUGCGGGUGUGUGCAAGGGCAGGAGGAGCAGGGCGGCCGGCUUGUGUGAGCAGCUCGUCACCACCAGCCACGCUAUUCUCUUCUCUACCGCCUCUCCUCUCUACACCAGCCUCCAACACUCGCCCUCAUGUACUGGAGUGGUCUCAGUGCUGCUGCAAAUGCAGCUGCUGCAUACCAAACUGGUCAGACUGGCUACCCUGUUGGCCACACCCCUACUGGUACAUACACUACGCAGCGGGCAGCAGGAUCUACCUACGAUACUGGGUAUCAGACUGCUGCAGCUGCUGCAACCCAUUCCACUGCAGCCGGUACUUACCCAAGUGCUGCUGCUUCUGCCACAUACGAUUAUGGUUAUGGCCGGACCACACAAACUGCAGCUGCUGCCGCUGCAGCAGCUUACGACUCUUCCAAGACCUACUAUGCACAGCCAUCUUCUGCUACUGCUUAUACUGGUGCAGAUACUCACUACCACAAUGUUUUCUCUACAGACAAAGCUGCUUAUACCAAUGCCAGUGCGUACACCACAACAUCACGCCAGACAACUCCUGUUGUGACCCCGAAGGCGAGCUAUACUGGAACAUACCCUGGAGCUGCAGCUGCUGCUGCAACAGCUACCUAUAACACCUCACCUUAUGCUGUUCAAACAACAACUGCAAAUAAAGCCACAGCACUUCCUGUGUACAUGCAGCAAACCUCACAGCCGGCUGCAACUGUUGCUGCUGUUAAAACUACUGGCAAUACAUGGCAGACUUUCAAGAAGCCUGGGGCUAUGCAGGGGAAAACACAAAAGCCCAAGGCACCUCCAAAGCCACAGCAACUUCAUUACUGUGAUGUUUGUAAAAUAAGCUGUGCAGGACCUCAAACAUACAGAGAACAUCUAGAGGGUCAGAAACACAAGAAGAAAGAGGCGGCUGCAAAGGCUGGGCCAACACCAUCCCGUCAUGGAGCAUCACUGCGUUGUGAGCUGUGUGAUGUAACCUGUACUGGUGCGGAUGCUUAUGCUGCUCAUAUUCGAGGUGCCAAACAUCAGAAGGUAGUUAAACUACACCAGAAAUUAGGCAAGCCAAUUCCAUCGACUGAUCCUGUUGUGGUUGGAGGUACAACUAAGACAUCAACUACUACAGCUGGAGCUACUGUGGGUGCCAAGACAACUACAAGUGGAGGAACAGCUGCUGCCACAGGUACCCUCACAGCUACAGAUGGAAAAAAGGAUGACCUAAAAGAUGAUCUAUUAGACCUUAAAGAGAAAGAUGUCGAGCCAGUUGGACAAGAAUAUAUUGAAGAAAUUAAAAAUGAAGAAGGCAAAGUGAUUAGUUUCAAUUGCAAGCUCUGCGAGUGUCGUUUCAAUGAUCCUAAUGCAAAAGAAAUGCAUAUGAAGGGUCGCCGUCACCGAUUGCAGUACAAGAAAAAAGUUAAUCCCGAGCUUGUGGUGGAAGUCAAACCAUCUCUUCGCCAACGUAAACUACAAGAAGAAAAGUUGCGCCGCCAGCAGCCUGGUUUGCACCAGCUGCGUGAGGAGAUGUGGAGGCGCCGGGAGGAGGAACGACUACUGGAAGAGGAGGAGCGGUGGUACUGGGAGGAGCGAAGAAGGUACGAAGAAGAAUGUGAAUAUCUAGACUGGUGUCGUCGGUAUCCUCGAGGCCCACCAGGACCCCCACCUAUGAUGCCUCCGGGCAUGCCAAGACCACCCUUCAUGCCUGGGAUGCCUCCAAUGAUGCCUAUGCGCAGACCAGACUCAAGUGAUGAUAGACAUGUUCUGGCAAAGCAUGCAGAAAUAUAUCCAAAAGAGGAAGAACUGGGAGCUAUUCAGAAGAUUGUAUCAAACACAGAAAAAGCCCUCAAAAUGGUUUCUGACUACUUAGCAGAGGUUGAUGCACCUAAAGAACAACAGGUCAAGCCAAAGAUAAAAAAAGAUAAAGAAGAAGAUCCAAAGGGAGAGGACGACAAAAAAGAUGGUGAAAAAAAAGAGGAUGGUCCUCCACGAAUGCUGAAAGGUGUGAUGCGUGUAGGUAUCUUAGCAAAAGGUCUCUUAUUGCGAGGAGACACCAGUGUUCAGUUGGUCGUGCUUUGUGGAGACAAACCUACACGAACCCUGUUAGACAGAGUGGCAGAUAAUCUUCCAAAACAGCUUGCGGUUGUUGCACCAGAAGACAAAUAUGACAUCCAGAGAGUAGUUGAGGAGGCUGCACUAGUUGUGCAGAACAUUGGUGAACAGCGAAUCUCCGUGAAUGUCACCUUAACGUCGCCCAUCAUGAGGGAACAGCUUCUUCAUGAUGGAGACUCCCAGGUGACCGCCGCCAAGGAUCCUCCAGAUGUGCUCGACAAGCAGAAAUGUCUGGACGCUCUUGCUGCCCUCAGACAUGCCAAGUGGUUCCAGGCUAGAGCUAACGGACUUCAGAGCUGCGUUAUGGUGAUAAGAAUCCUUCGUGACUUGUGUCAACGUGUACCUACUUGGGGACCAUUGAAUAGUUGGGCGAUGGAACUGAUGU